AUGGCAGGCGGGUCGCUCUUUGAGGUUGGCGAUGACGUCGAGUUCUGGCGCGUAUUGGUCAACUUGAGCAUCUUGGCUUGCUGUCUCGUGCUCUUGGAAGGAGCAGUACAUCGUCUCGAGCACAAGUUCCCACCUUCGGAAAAGUACCAGCACAUGCUCAAGAAAACGUACCGAGAACUCAUGGUGCUUGGUCUGAUCAGUUUUGGGCUCAAGAUGCUGAAGGAAGUGCCAAGUUUUGACGGCUACAGCAAGACCAUCCUGGCUUUUCAAGUAGCAGACUUGACCAUCUUUCUCCUGGCACUUUCGCUCGUCUUGCAGUCCAUGGCCGUGUUCCUGCUUCUCCACAGCCAAAACAACCGAGCCGAACGCGCGGAGCUCAUGACGACACAAGACCUUGUGGAUUCCAUCAAGGACCCGAAAGAUGCUCGUCCGUCCUUCUUGGGCACAUUGUGCUGUAGUCUUACCGCCAAGCAGAGAGCGAAUACGAGAGAACUGAUCCAGCUUCGUCUCCUGCGACGGUUGUUCCUUCGUCGCUUUGGCCUGCCACAGCUUUUCCCGUUCUCGAAAUACCUCAACCGAGCUCAAGCGAACCAAAUCGCGCACAUGAUUGAAGUGGACGCGUCCAUGUGGAUCGUGCUGCUCAUUGUCGCCUGGUCGAUCUGUGGCCUACUUGCACUCAUUCAGCAUUACAACAGUGGCGUCUCCGAGAGCCACGAUUUAGUCGAGGCUUUCAUGAUCUUUGCCUGGCUGCUCCUGCUGCUGCAACUCAUUGUGUUUCUGCACCUCCGCUCCUGCGUGCACCAGCUUCUUCAAGCUGCAGCAUUUAGCACUGACAAAGACACUCUUGCUACAAACCUGAGCACCAUUGCCAAGGAAGAGGCCGAGACUUGGCGAAAUGAAGAGGCGGACACAGCAUUGGAGACCAUGGGAAGUAUCCAAGAGCACCACGAAGAGCUCGAGUCGCAACGUCGUCGUCCUCGCAGCAAAGGCGAAGCCUCUAGCAGUCAGAGGAGAGUGAGUUUGAGCGGCGCCAUGCCGGAGUCACCGGCCCUGAACAUCCGCUACUUUUCGCCCAAAGCCUGGCACGUUGGGGUCAUGCUCUUGCUCGUACUCAACGGGUUCCUCAUCACGCUCUUCAUCCAAUGUGCUUUGUACGACAUGAACGACAUUUACGAUGACUUUGGGGUGUUCGCGACGAUAAUGGUCCCGCUGCCAUUGCUCAUCAACACCUUUGUCCUGCAGCGACACAUUUUCUACGACUACGUGGUCGUGAGUAACAUCCUCUGCGUGGAUUCCCACACGCUGAGCGACGUGGUGGAAAACUUUCGCGAAGUGGUGCGCUUACGGUCCGAGUUUGCCUCGUCGUUGCUCUACCACAUUACGCAGCAAGAGAUCAGCAUUGUGGACCUCGAGACGGAGCUCCAAGCACGGGAUCGAGCAGGUACGGGGUUCAUUGAAGUCGACGAGCUCCGCGACGUGCUGUUUAAGUUCGGCUACUGCCUCACCCGCUUCCGCUUCAAUAGCGUGGCGAAACUGCUGUUUGACCUCAAGGGCACGACGGUCCCCUACACGCACGUCUUGCGUCUCGUUCUCAUGGCUCAGAACGACACGAGCAUUGAAUCCGCAACUACUGAACAACAGCAGCAGCAGCAGCAGGUGCCGCGCACGCACCCAAUGUUACGCCCGAGUGUGCUGCUCUACGAUGACUUUGGACAGUCCACGAGUGUGCGGUCCGAGGCGAACUACGACAUGUUCAACUCGACUCGGCACCUGCCUCGGAUGAACCACAACCCAUCCGGUAGGGGCAGCUCCGUGAUUAGCAGUGGCAUGGGAAGCUUGAUCAAGCCCCAAACGGGGUGUCCCAAAGAGCGCAAUGGCGUGAACCGACUGGGGAAAGUCCCCGUGGCCGUGGCGGCUCCCCGCUCGAGCACUGGCGGGAGCGCCCGCGCCCUUCACGACAUGUUCAAUCUGGAGCAGUUCUCGUCCUCGCACGAUCAAUUGCGCGGGAUGCAGCUCUGA